GAGAAGUGGUGAACACCCACGGUCCCGUUGAGCCAGACAAAGACAACAUCCGUCAGGAGCCAUACACCCUGCCCCAGGGCUUCACCUGGGAUGCCCUGGACCUUGGGGACAGAGGCGUGCUGAAAGAGCUGUACACACUUCUGAAUGAGAACUACGUGGAGGAUGAUGACAACAUGUUCCGCUUCGAUUACUCCCCUGAGUUCCUGCUGUGGGCACUGCGUCCUCCGGGCUGGCUGCCGCAGUGGCACUGUGGAGUCCGGGUUGUCUCCAGCAAGAAGCUGGUUGGAUUUAUCAGCGCGAUUCCAGCCACUAUCCACAUCUACGACACAGAGAAGAAGAUGGUAGAGAUAAAUUUCCUGUGCGUCCACAAGAAGUUACGCUCCAAACGGGUGGCUCCAGUUCUGAUCCGCGAGAUCACGCGGCGGGUUCAUCUGGAGGGGAUCUUUCAGGCUGUUUACACAGCGGGAGUGGUGCUGCCAAAGCCUGUGGGGACUUGCAGGUACUGGCACCGGUCCCUGAAUCCUCGGAAACUCAUCGAGGUCAAAUUUUCCCACCUGAGCAGGAACAUGACUAUGCAACGCACCAUGAAGCUUUACCGGUUGCCCGAGACUCCCAAGACCCCUGGCUUGCGGCCGAUGGAGCACAGAGACAUCUCCGCAGUGCACAAGCUCUUGACCGAGUACCUGAAGCAGUUCCACCUGACGCCCGUCAUGAGCCGCGAGGAGGUGGAGCACUGGUUCCUACCUCAGGAGAACAUCAUCGACACCUUCGUGGUGGAGAGCGCCCCAGGAGAGGUGACAGACUUCCUGAGCUUCUACACGCUGCCCUCCACCAUCAUGAACCACCCGACUCACAAGAGCCUGAAAGCUGCUUACUCCUUCUACAAUGUUCACACCAAGACACCGCUCAUCGACCUCAUGAGCGAUGCGCUCAUACUUGCCAAGUCGAAAGGAUUCGACGUCUUCAAUGCACUGGAUCUCAUGGAAAACAAAACCUUCCUGGAGAAGCUGAAGUUUGGGAUCGGGGACGGGAACCUGCAGUAUUACCUGUACAAUUGGAAGUGUCCCAGCAUGGCACCAGAGAAG